CGCACGUUGACAAAUAUUAAAAGCAAAUACAUGAUAAACAAUAUCCAUUUCAAAAAUUUCGAGUUUGACUUUCAGAGAAUUUUAGCUUCAUGAACGUGUCAGAAAAGCAUGCAUUUCGGUUUUCUGAAUCCUUCUUCGGUCGGGUUGCAUUGGCAAUCAUCGGCAAACCUUCUGUAGCUGCCGUAGUGUACCGGCCAAGCCCUUGGGCACUCGCCCAUGCAACCUUUUACGGCGAUGAAACCGCCUCCGAGACUAUGGGAGGUGCUUGUGGGUAUGGGAAUUUGUUUAGCAAUGGUUAUGGUAUUGACACAGCUGCACUGAGCACAACAUUGUUCAACAAUGGGUUUGCUUGUGGGACUUGUUAUCAAAUAAAGUGUGUUAAGUCGCCUUGGUGCUACAGUGGGGUUCAAUUCACCACCGUGACGGCUACAAACCUUUGCCCUCCGAAUUGGGCCAAAGACACCAACAAUGGUGGGUGGUGCAACCCUCCACGAGUCCAUUUUGAUAUGUCGAAGCCCGCUUUUAUGAAAAUUGCUCAGUGGAAAGCCGGCAUUGUUCCUAUCAUGUACCGAAGGGUACCGUGUAUAAGACGAGGGGGGAUUCGAUUUUAUUUUCAAGGGAAUGGGUAUUGGUUGUUAGUGUAUGCGAUGAAUGUAGGAGGAGGCGGUGACAUUGCCAAAAUGUGGGUCAAAGGAAGCAAAACAGGGUGGAUUGGUAUGAGUCAUAAUUGGGGAGCUUCGUAUCAAGCAUUUGCAACUCUUACGGGCCAAUCUUUAUCUUUCAAGAUCACUUCAUACACUUCCAAGGAGACUAUCAUAUGUUGGAAUGUUGCACCUGCAAAUUGGAAUGUAGGUUUGACUUACAAGUCAAAUGUCAACUUCCAUUAAUCUGGUCUGGCCUGAUUUAUGAACACAUUUAUUUCAUUUAGUUGAUUCCGUUAGUUUUUCCUUUUUAUUGGAGAAUUGUAUUUGUACUUUCUAUAACAUAGGCAAUGAUGAACAUCCACGUGGUUCAAUCGAGUCUGAAUAAUGUAACUAAGAGAAUUAUAAUAUUAUUUUCUUUUAGUUCUGUGGCGGAUCUUAACAUGUAAUUUUUGAGAGAACCGUCAAUUAAUACAAUGUAUAUUUGAACUUGUUUUA